ACAGUAAAGGCGGAGAAGCCCAUACGUUUAAUUUCUGUACUUAACGGCAUCUUAAGUACUGUACUCAAUUUUCCCCUUGUCUCAAUCUGCUAGAAAACUUGAAUCACACAAUUUCCCCUCACUUUUAGUUUCCGUAUUAUUAUGCUCUUGCAUCUGUUUGCAUAAUUCUCUUUCACAUCAUCUCACACGAACGGUUUUUUCUUUAUUAUUAUAUAUGUACGAGAACCAUCCAACCCAAUACCAACCCAAUAUAGAAUUCACUCUCAAAAUUUCGUUUACUUAUGGCAUACGUUCAACAUUGCUUUUUUUGUAUGUGUGUAUAUAUACACAACCGUCCAUAAACCUACUCUGCAAGUUUUCCUGUCGUGUCUAUACACAUAGUGGUUAUGCUAGUAAGCAUGCUCCGCAAAAUAUAAAAUAAAUAUUCAAACAUAAGGCAAAGCAAGACAAGGCAAAGCAAAGGCAAAAAUUCAGUAUAAUUUGUCAGUCUACGAGCGACUACGUGUACGAGAGGUCGCGCUAUUUCGCAUCCCCGCAAAAAAUUUGCCGCUUCUUGCUUAUUAAUGUAAAUCCGGUGAAAUAAAAAAAAUAAAAAAUUAAUAAAAAAUUAAAACAAAAAAUCUAUUCAAAUUAUUCAAUAUUAAAAAAAGAUUAAUAACGAUUCUUGCCAAGAGAUUAAAUUGAAUUGAAAGUUUAAAAAAAAAAAUUAAAAAUUUAAUGGAAUGAUCAAAAUGUCGUUUGAAUAAAAUAAAAUAAGAAAAAGAGUAAAAUCCCGCGUUUGUGCUAUCACCAUAACUACAAAAUAUUGAGUUGAUAUUGCAGAUUGAAAAUUAAAAAGAAAAUAAUUAAAAAGUAAAAAAAUUUAAAAAAAACUUAAAAAAUUAACUUUUCAAAUAUUUUACAUUAAAUAAGUCACCAUUGUCUAUUGUCUAAACUAAAUAAGCUAUUGAAGAAGAACACAAGAAGACAGUCAGAAAGAAGAAGAAGAAAAUCACAGAAAUUAAAUCACGUUCUAAUCCUCUCUAUCUCAUCAUUAACCAUAAUAUUAAAAUAUUUAUAUUGUGAAUUAGGUCUAAAAACACUUAAGUAUAACACGACUCUGUGUGUGUCAUUUUAGUGAUAUUUCACCUUCGUUUUUUCAAACUAAUUAUCCCUAACUUGCAGUGUAGUAAUGUUGAAUGGUGUUUAAUUAAAUGAGUAAGAAGAACAAUAAUUUUUCUCGCAUCACAGAAAAUUAUUAAAUUAAAAAGUAAAACUUGUGAAAUAAAUCAUUAAAGCAAAAAAAAAAGAAGUAAAACCAACCAAAAAAAAAUCAAGCAACGAAAAGUUUGUUAUAAAAAACAGAGUAAAAGAGCCAGCCACUUCAUACUUUUUUUGAAACAAAACAAAUCACUCAAGGAUUACUCUCUUAUUCUUCGUCAAACAACAGAAAAUAAGUCGAGGAAAAAAAAUUUGUAAAAAAUAACAGAAAAAAAAAAACUUUUUUUUUACAAGUUUUGAAGAACCGAGUCCAAACAAAAACAACACUGCAAAUUUUCUCGCGGUAAACUAAUGUAAGCAAUUACUGAUCUCUUUGGUAAAGCUAAAUCGUUCUACCCCCCCACAGAAUACUCGACCCUCAGAUUUGGCUUAGCAAUUGCUGCUUUUUUCAUGCAUAGAUUCAAACAUAUGCUGAGUUUGCUUGAGCUUUUAUUAUAAAACAAACAAAAAAGAAGAAACACACAAGACGAAGAGAAAUUUCAAACCGUUCAAGAGCCAUCAAAACCGAAGUUAAAAUCCUAAAACAAUUUAAAUUUAUUAAAAAAAAACCAACACUCGCAAAUCAAGAAUAAAUCUAGUCUGUUUGCCAUACAAAGUAUAAUAAAAAUAAAGAAAAUAAAUUUAGCAAAGAGAGAAGAAGAACAUAAGAAUCAAAUCGAAUUAUCAUUUAACUAUACAGUGGUUUCCGUCAUCAUAUUUAAAAUUUAAAACAAAAUAAAUAAAGAGAAAAAAAAAACACCUAAACUAAACAAAGGAACGUCUGUUUUUUCGUUCAUUUUCUUGUAAUAAAACUAAAAACAAAAAAAAUUAUUAUAAUCUUAGUGCUGUUUUAGUAAUAUCUGUCAAAACAUCACACGUUUUACAUCGAUAAAUUUUGUGAUAAUAAAUAAAAUAUAAAAAAUUCAAUAAAAAAAAUAUUUUUAAUCAAAUAGUGAAAAAGAGAGAGAAUUGUUCAAAUUUUUUAUAUAUUUUAACCCACAAAUGACAUGCAAACCGUGUAAAAGAUAAAAAUAAAAAAAAAGAAAAUUCUGAGAAUAGUAUUUUUGUAGAUUGUUUUUUAAAAAAUAAAUGUGUUGAAACGCAUAGCGUUAGUAAUCCAAUAUACUAGACAAGACGAUAAUAUAUUAGAUGAGUGUUUAAGAAACAGAUUUAAUUCAAAGAAUUUUUUCUUAAAACAAAAACCCUCUAACGGUCACUCAACUAAAAACUAAAGGAAAACUAAAUUUUUAAAAACUAAAAUUUAAAUUUAAAUAAAAAAAACAUUUAAAACAACACACAAAAAUAAUGGCAUCAAUGGUAAACAUGAAUAGCUUAUUGAGUGGUAAAGAUUCGCGUUGGUUGCAGUUGGAGGUGUGUCGUGAAUUCCAAAGGAAUAAAUGCUCCCGACCGGAUACCGAAUGUAAAUUUGCCCAUCCACCAGCUAAUGUAGAAGUUCAAAAUGGACGUGUAACUGCCUGCUACGACAGCAUUAAGGGUCGAUGCAAUCGUGAAAAGCCUCCAUGCAAAUAUUUUCAUCCACCACAGCACUUAAAAGAUCAAUUAUUGAUCAAUGGAAGAAAUCAUCUUGCCUUGAAGAAUGCGUUAAUGCAACAAAUGGGUAUUGCACCUGGACAGCCAGUUCUGCCCGGUCAAGUACCAACAGUGGAUAUCCAGAACGGAAGCACGACAGUAUCACCUCUGGGAUUCUCUCUGACUUUUGGAUCACAGCCAGUAAUGGCCACAAAUCCCUACUUGACUGGUAUGCCAACAAACACGUACAGUCCCUAUUUUGCACCCGGACAUUUAGUGCCUGCAUUGUUAGGUCCAGAUCCAUCAUCGGUUGCAUCACCACUUAGUCAUGCCGUUGUACCACAGGGCGUUCAAGUGGCACAACAAAAAAUUCCCCGUUCCGAUAGAUUAGAGGUAUGUCGCGAAUUCAUACGCGGUGCCUGCAAGCGAGCUGAAUCCGAAUGCCGUUUUGCUCAUCCACAAGAGAGCGUAUCAUCACACGAGGAUGGGUCAGUGACCGUGUGCAUGGACGCAGUCAAGGGCCGAUGCGCUCGCGAUCCUUGCCGCUACUUCCAUCCUCCCUUGCACCUUCAGGCUCAAAUAAAAGCAGCCCAGACACGCGCAACCGCGUCCGCACCUGUAUCAACUGCUGCUGCUGCCACUGGUUCUGUUUUAUCAUCGGCUUCUAUUCCAACCAUUCAACAACCUGGAUCCGCUUCGGCUGCUAUACCUGCUGCCGCUUUAGCAGGAAAUCUUCCAUUGGAAUUAGGAAAGAAACGGGCCGCCGAAAAUGACAUGUAUCAACUGAUGGAUAUGAAAUCAGUUGGUUCAAUCUACUAUGACAACUUUGCAUUUGCCGGUAUGGGUGUACCAUUCAAACGACCAGCUGCUGAGAAAUCAGGCAUUCCAGUAUAUCAACCAGGCGCCACCACUUAUCAACAGUUAAUGCAACUGCAACAACCAUUUGUACCAGUGUCAUGUGAGUACCCUAGUCCCAGUCCUUCAGCAAGUUCAACUACAAAUCCACAAUCAUCCACAGCAAAUCCAAUUUCUAAUAAUAAUAUUAAUGCUAUCGUAAACAAUAGUAAUAAUAGUAACACCAACAAUAGUAACAGUAAUGCUGUUGUAACAUCAUCGCCACAGCAUUCGUUUAACAAUCAUUUAGCUAGUUCUGAACAAACUGACAAACCUGAACAAAAUACAAGUAGCACACCGACACCUGAAUUGUCAGCAACAGCAACAUCCGUUAUUAGUCCGCCAUUGAUCACAAUCCCAACCAAUCACCAGCAACCUCCAUCUUCCUUACCGAGCACAAAUCCAUAUGCGGUUGUACCGUACGGUACAGCCACAUAUUCAACGCCAAGUAUACCAUAUUCGGCCUAUUCAAAUGCUAGUAUUUACAGUCACCCAUUAACCGCAUCCUCAUCCACACAAUCUCUUUAUGCAGACCCAGCAACCAUAGCUAAGGAAGUAGCACAGAAAAACUAUGCGAAUGCUUUAAAAAUGGCUGCAGCAUCGAAUGCAUACUCGGGCAAACCAUUAACCGCUUUAAGUUAUACGGGCGUUGCCUUAAAUAAAGCUUUAAUUCAAACGCCACCCCAAACUCAUCUUCCACCACCAACACCCCAUCAGCACCAAACCCAGUACCAUUUUCAAGCCCAAGCACAAACUCAAUCCCAACAUCCAGCUGCUGCGGCUGCAGCAGCCGCAGCUGCACACAAUCAAAUGGUGGCAGCAAAUCAAGCUCAUGUGGCUCGACAAAUGUCAGCUGCUGUGUCCCAGUCUCAAUAUGCUGCCGCAGCUGCACUGACUCAUCGUCCGCCACCAAUGUUCGUUCAAGCACCACAUCAAUACUUGCGACCACAUGUUCAAACGGCCGCCUCCGCCCUACAACCGAAUCCGUUGCAAUCGGCUGCCGUUGCAGCCGCUGCCCAGCAACAACUAUUGUCGCAAAACUUUUUCUAUCCCGGUCUGCAAGGUUAUCCACUCGGAUUCGGUGCUGCACAAGCUGCAGCUAUGCAAGCCCAUCACUUGCAACCGUCUGUUCAGCAAACUAUGCCCGGCAUGCCAACAAUGCCCACAGCACAACCAGUACAGUCUGUUAAUCCUGGUGCGGCCGUUGUUUUGAAUCCGUACAAAAAGAUGAAAACGUCGUAGAUGAAUUUCGUCGAUUUGAACAGUCAUUUUCGAUCAAUUUACGGUACAUAAUUUUACUUAAAAAAACGCGCACUAUCUCUUUAAAAAGAAACAAUUAAGAAAUAUGAAAAAAGGAAUGAAAAAUAGAGACCGAAUAUGGAGUCUCUAAAUGAGAUGGAAAAUAGUGCCUCAGAAAAUUAAAAUAUAAAUUUUACAAAAAUAUGAAACUUAAUCGGUCAAACGGUGCAAUUUUAAUCUGACGAUUGUAUUGAAAAAUCGCACAAAAAUUUUUGAUUUAACAUUUUUAAAUAAAUUUUAAUUUUUAAUUUUUAGUUGAGUCAUUUUUGAAAAAUUUGUUUGUUUGUUUUAGUUAAACUAAAGUUGCAUUAAGAAUAAAUAAUUGUUCUUUAUGUGACACGAAUGAUUGUAAAAGAAAAACCUCUUUUUUAUGAGCUGUGAUAUUUUCCUAACAAAAAAAUUCACGGAAUUCAAAACAACGCCACAACAAGAAACUAAUAUUAAAAAAAAAAAAAUGGUUGUCUGUAAACGUAUAAUUAAAACUUAAAUAAAGGGAAGUAGGAGAAAAAGUAUAGUUUUGAGCUGAAGGAAAGGGAUUACAAGUCACUGUGAUAGAUUCACUUUGCCCAUAAAAUAAACGAAAAAAACAAACAAAAACUUAUUAUAACCAAUGUUGUCGUUCCUCAAUAAAAAAUCGUUUGUUUAUUUUUCGUUUGUUUUCGUCGUUACGUUAAAUUAAUUUAAUUCUUAAGUUCUUGGUCAAUGUUAAUUUUAAUUUGUAAACGAUUACGAGUAUAUUUUAUAAUUUUUUUUUUCGUCUCAAUGAUCAUCUGCCAUAAGAGAUUUCAACGUCAUUAUUACUGUAAUUAUACCAGCCAUCAUUGCGAUCCUAAAUAAAUAUGUAUAUUCCAUCACCACCACCAUCCCAUUAUAUAUUCCUAUAUACAUGCUAACCACUUACCAGUGUUACUGUUCUGUUCAAUUCAGAUAACUGUUUGCACAAUUUAUAUUACCUCUUUUUCGAAACUAAUUUUACUGACAUUCUCUAUUAUAUAACUCUACUUUCCUUCAUUACUUGCUAGGUGUAUUUUAUAUAUAUAUUGCAUUAGGUACAUGAGUAACAUGAAAGUUAAAAAAGAAGAAGAAGUUAAAACACACACGACACUCGGUACACUUGAUUUGACAAAACUAGAAACAAAAAUGAAAUUAAAAUGGAAUUUGAUUAGAUUUAUUGUAGCUUUUAAAAUCUAAUUAUUAAAUUAAAAAAAAAU